AUGAGCAUGAAUUGUACAAGAAAAUUUAGUGCAAAUAUUGCAUCUGAAAGAAAUGCAAAAGCGUCAACUCCAAGAAGGGCGACCCAUACUGCUGUCACUAAUAUAAGUAGCUCUCCAUUUACGCCUUUUUCCUCUUCAGACAAUUUAUUUCAGUCGGUGCCAAGAAAUAACCUAUUAAGUUCACCUCCUGUACCGAUUUCACCCUUCAAUAAAUCGAGAAAAUAUAAUACGAUAUUCAAUGAAGAAAAUUGUUCCGAGCCUCCAGUGAACUCUUUCUUGGGAGGUAAGUUGGCCUUAACGAUAAGCUGCACUGGUAAAGCCAUGAUAUCAAGUCCUCUAUCCUCGAGUCCCAAAAAAUUGCAAGUACCCACAGGAAAUCCCAUCAGUGCAGUGUCGCUAACGAAAAAUUUGGUUAAUGACAAGCAUAAAAUUUUGAAUUUACUGAAGAAGAUGAGAAAUACUCAUGUUACAAAUAGAUUGAAAAAAACUACUUGUGAUAAUAAGAUUGAGAAACCUCGCAUAAAAAAUUCCUCCUGUAAGAGAAGAAGCUCAGUGACAGUACCUCUGUCGUCUAUUUCUGAGGUAGCAUGUAACGCUAAUGCCAUACCCCAGGUGACGAUUACCUCCUCUCCAUUACCUCCAUCAACACCAAGAAGAGGUACUUCCCAACUUAGAACUGGUUUUACUCCAAUAGUGGGCUUAGAUCAAGUGCUUCUGGAUAAUUCAAAUGUGACUUCGACUCCAUCCUUUGUCGAUCAGAGUGCUCAUAUAUUUGGCUUUAAUGGCAUUACAAACACCCCAAAAAGCAAAUCCUUAUUGCCCACAAAAUUCUCAACCAUGUCGCCAUUGAGAUUUUCAGGUCAAGAUAGUUCGCCAUCUUCACCAUUUCCGUUCAAGAUAUCCGGCGGUGAUCCUUUGUUAAUAUCAGAAAAAUUCAGUAAUACUGAUAGUAACGCCUUAAACAUCCUGCUAUCAUCUCCAAGAAAUCGCUUGCCAUCAAUAUCACACUCUUCUCCCAUCAAAAGGCGCAAUUCUGGAUCUGUCGGACAGAAAUUGGAGCCAAAGACACCCAGUAUCAACAAUAGUACUCAAAUUCAAUGUACUCCCUUGAUAGAACAAACCAUGAAUGGAUCACUAACUUAUAAGAUAACGCCAAAAAUAAAAAAUGCCAAUUCAACUGAAAGAAAUGACGAAGUGCCAUCAUCGAAUGAAAAAGAUGAUGCUAGGAUGGCAUUGAAAAAAAUAAUUAAUGGUUAUUAA